AUGGCCAACCUGCCCUCGCAACACCCCACCCUCUCCAUCCACCUCUCCGACCUCACCCUCACCCCGCUCAUCACCUCGUCCUCGUCCCCCUCCCACCUCGACUCCCUCACCUCCCUCACCUCCAGCGCCCUCUCCGCCCAGACCGCCGCCCAGCGCGCCCAACUCGGCCGUCCCCAGCGCAUCAUGGUCGAGUAUCCCGAUGCCGGCCCCGUCGUCCUGCAGACCUACCUCCACCCCUGCGAGGCCGGCACUGGCAGCGGCGGCAGCACCACCCGCGCCGCGCCAGACAAGGAUUCGGCCUUGCACCUCGAUGAUGGUCGAGCCGGGGACGUGGACGCGGACGCGCAGGACAGCGGGGAUGGCUCGGCAACGAGGCCCGAGGAUGCCGCCCCCAUGCUCGUCGGCCUUGUUGUUGCCGCCUCCUCGGACGAGGCCCGCGAGGCACGUCGUGCCGCCGCCAGGCUAGAGAAGCUCGGGCGUGAGUUUCAGCGACAGUGGACGCUGCAGGGCGCCGCCGAUCCGACCCCCGACGCAGGCCCCGAAUGA